CAUGGUUCAACGCCCGGCACCAGCACGCUGUCAAAAUUUCCAGACCGUCGCGUCGUCGACGUGUUACAUAUAAAGGGCGCCACCAAUUGGUCACUCCGAAGUGACAGAUUUUCGCGAAAGAACACAAUCCAAAGUCAGCUUAGUAUGGAAAAGCAUUGGGUGGAGGACUUGUUCCCUCCCUUCUACACGUUCAGUCUUGGCGAAGAUGAGACAGCAUCACCAAGGACAGCCAGUCCAUCUCAGGGUAAGGGACCUAACGACGAAGAGGAGGAGGAGGGUGACCUGAAGCGGAUCCAGAAGCUUUAUGACAGGGUCCGGAUUGAACUGAAUCGUAAAGAGAAGGAGGCACGGCAAAAGUGCAUCCAGGUAGGAGAGCCACUGAAGGAGCAUCUCCCUCAGACAUCGCCUUGCCCUCGGUCUACCAAAAGAUCCAAAGAAAGGAAGAAGACCCCUUCCAAAAGGGAUGAUGAUGAGUGCAUCUGGACUGCUGAGGAGUUAGAGAUCCUACGCAAGGCAGCAGAGGAGGCUAAGCAAGAAAACAGCCGUCUCCAAGCAGAGCUUAUCAUCACCGGCAAGCAAAGAGACAAACUCGCUCGCAAAUGUAGGAGACAGUCAGCAGCCCUGGCUGCCAAGGACACGGAGCUCCUGGAGAGGAAACAGGAGACUGGGAGGCUAUCCCUCCGCUGCCACCAUUUGGAGACUGAGCUGAAGCAUUCACGAAUGACGGCAAAGUUUCUAGAGGAGGACAUCGGGGAGCUUCGGGAAGGCAAGCGCAGACUUCAAACGCAGCUCAAGGAUGUGCAUACAGAGUUCAGCGACGAGAAAUUAACACGAGUGAAGCUUGAAAGCGAGCUCCAACGAGUCAACAAGAAAAAUGCGCUCGAGAGCAUCGUCAGAGAGGAUGGAAUAAGACUGGACUACGAGCGACAGAUCAAGAGUUUGUACGAGGAGUUGGAGGAAGCGAGGACAAAACUUGAAAAGCAGAAGACAGAAAAUGGGUCCAUCAGAAAAGCCCUGGACCACCUCCGAAUUCACUUUGCCAGCCUCCCCUCUAGAAACGCCAGGUUGCCAAAGUCUCAAGAAAGUGAUGAACUUGGACAGUUGGAUCUGUAUUAAGUUUUGCCGUACACCAAAGCGUGCCUCACUGAGAAAAUUGUGUACUCUGCACCUUCAUAAAAUUUGUCUUGAAUGUGAA